AUGAAUGAUGCAGGCAGGCCUAAGGUCCAAGUGGAGUACAAAGGGGAGACCAAAAGUUUCUAUCCAGAAGAAGUAUCUUCUAUGGUCUUGACCAAGAUGAAAGAAAUUGCUGAAGCUUACCUUGGGAAGAAUGUUACAAAUGUUGUGGUCACAGUACCAGCCUAUUUCAACGAUUCCCAAUGUCAGGCCACCAAAGAUGUUGGAACCAUCGCUGGUCUCAGUGUGCUCCAAAUCAUCAAUGAGCCCACUGAUGCUGCUAUUGCUUAUGGCUUGGACAAAACGGUUGGUACCAAGAGAAAUGUGUUGAUCUUUGACCUUGGAGGUGGUACUUUAGAUGUCUCCCUUCAUAUCAUUGAAGAUGGCAUCUUUGAGGUCAAUGCCACAUCUGGGGACAUCCACUUAGGUGGGGAGGACUUUGACAAACAAAUGGUCAACCAUUUCAUUGCCAAGUUCAAGAAAAAACACAAGAAAGACAUCAGUGAGAACAAGAGGGCCAUUCGCCGUCUUCACACCACUUGUGAACGUGCAAAGUGUACCCUCUCUUCCAGUACCCAGGGUAGUAUUGAGAUUGAUGCCCUCUAUGAAGACUUCAAUGGCAAGGAGCUCAACAAGAGUAUCAAUCCUGAUGAGGCUGUUGCUUACAGUGGAGCUGUCCAGUCUCCCAUUCUGUCUGGAGAUAAAUCUAAGAAUGUGCAGGACUUGCUGCUGUUGGAUGUCACUCUUCUUUCCUUUGGCAUCGAAACUGCCGUUCUGAUGAAACAUAGUACAGCCAUCCCCACCAAGCAGACACAGACCCUUACCACCUGUUCAGACACCCAGUCUGGUGUGCUUAUUCAGGUUUUUGAAGAUGAGAGAGCAAUGACAAAGGGUAACAACCUGCUUGGCAAAUUUGAGCUCACAGGAAUCCCCCCAGCACCCAGGGCCAUUCCUCACAUUGAAGUAACAUUUGACUUUGAUUCAAAUGGCAUCCUCAAUGUUUCUGCUGUGGAUAAGAACACAGGCAAGGAGAACAAGAUCACCAUCACCAAUGACAAAGGACAUCUGAGCAAAGAAGACCUUGAGCACAUAGUCCAGGAGGCUGAGGAUGAGAAGCAGAGAGACAAGAUGUCUUCCAAGAACUCUCUUGAAUCUUACCCUUUCUACAUGAAGGCUACCGUAGAGGAUGAAAAACUGCAAGGCAAAAUUGGUGAUGAAAAGAAACAGAAUAUUCUUGACAAAUAUAAGGAACCCAAGUCCCAGAACAACUGA